AGGUUAACCAUCUCCUGUUCUGCUCUGCCUUUGUGCUUGUUACUCCUGCAGCGACGGAGAAUAUUAACGUCUCAAAGCAAAAAUACCUGGAGAUAAUUCAAUGCCUCAUUUUGCGCUUCCUCUCUGAUUAAAUCAGACGAGAUCCUAAACUCAUUUCAAACCCCCUCAGUGCUGUUCUUUAUGCAUUCUUGCAAGUUUAAAUGAAAAGAUUGCAGUUAAAUAAAUCAACACAAUUGGAAAUAUAUUAAUUUUUAUAGAAAAUGAGCAUCGGGGGUGUAAUUUAUUUGUGGCUGCAUGGGUGCACGUGUGUGUGCGUGUGUGUGUGUGUGUGUUCGUGCACGACGCUCGUCAGAGCCACUGUGGGGGUUGAAUUCUCCACAGAGAUACACGGGCUAAUUGACAAGGUAUUGGUUGGCAUUAAUUACAUUGUGCUUACAAGAUUAGGGAGAGGAAAAAAAGACACCCCUGGACUUCAUAACCACAGCGGAGCUCAGAAACAUCCGAGAAUUUUAGGGAUUAAAAUUUUAUUUAAAUGCACAACUUUCCUAUUGAGCCCGACUUACAAGUCUGUGUCAGAGGAAUCUGCUUCUUGUACGGAUUAAUUUCGCCCCGCAUGGAGAUGUCUUUCUAUCUUUUAAAUUGAUUUAUUUUUUUCCUAAGAUAUUGGGAUUCCCAAUUAAAAUAGGAAAAGGGUUUAUGAAUAUAAUAUUACUCUAGCUGGUACAGUUGCUCUAAUGCUCUAAUCCUUAUAUUUCUAGUAUCUCUUGCGAGUUUGUUUGGAAUUUCACAAAUAAUUUAAGUAAAUGAGGAAUCCCGAGAAAGCUUUUAAAAAUAUAUUUCCUUAAGAAUGCGUUCAUGCGCAAAAUAAAUGUUUUGGAUCUCGUUUUCUAGGUUAUUCUGAGGCCUUGUUGUGCUGGAAUUUCUAAGGGGUGUCACUUUUCCUGCAGCUGAUAUCCGUAGCUCGAGUGCGUCCCCCGGGAAUAAGCUUAUGCUGUCCGACACGUCUCCUCACACAAGUUUAGGCCGAGGAGCGUCCGAGACUGACGCUGCAAGCAAUUAAAUAUCAACCUUUCAUCGAAUCUGAAUAGAGACAUUUAAUGAGAAUAACAAACACCCGAUGAGUGGAUGAAAAGCAGUCAGGUCUAAUUACAUUUUCGAGAUUUUUGACACAAUCAUUGUUUGGAUUUAAGAUUUCCAUAAAUAUUUUAAUCGUUUCAAACUGGAUUGCUGAACAAAAUAGACAAACUAUUUUACAGUUUUCUUAUUAUUGUUAGAAUAAGUCGGCCACACACCUGAAGGCUAUAAACUCAAAACACUUUCUGACUUUUUCAUCUUUUUCGGGCAGGCCAGUCCUUGUCUUGGCCUACAGUGAGAACAGAGCUCAUUAAAACGUGUCGUCUCGUUUUGCAGAACACACCUGAGUGCGUAAACAGCCACAGGGCCGCAGCGUCAUAAUCGGUGCAGGUCAUUUCGCCCCAUUGCCAUUUCGUAGCUAAGCAGUUGAUCGUUUCGUACCCGGUUCUUCGGGUUAGAAACCCUUUUUUCUCCGGGACUUUUAAGGACGACAAAGAGUCAAUUGGUGGCCCGGAUGGAGAGGAUUUUACACCCACUUUGACAGCCAGCGAGGAAAGUUGCUAAUGAGUCACAAUGGAGUCCAUUGGCCCAAACGAGAAUCAGCCAGUAAAAGGUGCUUUUCGCUUCACCAUUUAGUUUUUUGUACCAGACUUUUCAGGGACGAAACGAAACUCAUUGACAAGUGAGGUUGAUAUUGUACCCCUUGGGUUAAUCUGUUUACAUUUAGGUUAACAAAUCUAAUUUUGUUUAGUACCUGUUAACAAACCAUUUUGUACCAUCUAUUUUUUAUUGUAAAAAAAAAAAAAAAAUCUCAAUAGGGAACAUUAUUAAAAUAUUACUGUAAAAAGUGAAUAUAAUAAUCUGUCUUUUUUAAAUGAAUGUAUUUUAUUAUUAAAAGCCAAUAUGUAAAAUUGGAAAUCACUACUUUUAAAAAUAAUGUACAAUAAUGUCAGUUUUUAAUCAGUUAUUUCAUGCUUUGUUUGAUGAAGUGCAUAUUUACCUAUCUAUCUAUCUAUCUAUCUAUCUAUCUAUCUAUCUAUCUAUCUAUCUAUCUAUCUAUCUAUCUAUCUAUCUAUCUAUCUAUCUAUCUAUCUAUCUAUCUAUCUAUCUAUCUAUCUAUCUGUUCAUAUUUUUCAUAUCUAUCUAUCUAUCAGUUCAUAUUUUUCUGUCCCAUAAUGACAGAGCCGAUUCUAAGGUUGCAUGGGGCCUCGUGCAGAAUUGCAGUUCGGGCCCCACUCUCACCUACAACCCACUACGUCAGCUCCAGUAACAUGUCUUUGAAACUGUCAACACUUGGCUGUUUGAUACAAACAAAUUUUUACAACACAUUUUAAUAACAUACAGGCAAGACAUCAUUUGAAAAGAAUAAUUAUAACCACAAAUUAUUAAACUAAAAAAAGGUCUUUAACAUUUGUUAGACCGCAAAGACACCACCACAAACCCAAGCAGGACGAAUGAUAAAAUGGUGAACUAUAGAGAGAUUAAUGUAUGACUAAUAACAUUACAGUUAAUAGAAAAAUAUGUUUCUCUCACAACUAAUAUUUUUUUCAAUUCGUAGAACCCAAUUUUUUAUUUUAUUUUAAACAUCUUAAGACUGUUGAAAAAAAAUGAUACUCAUCAAUUUUCAAAAUAAAAAGCUGGCGCAUUGUUAAUUAAAAUAGAUUAGAAAGCUUUAAGUUUUCUUUGUAGUCCAAUGCUCUUGGUCGACCCCUGCUGGCCUGGGGUGGUGCAUACAAGCCAAACAGCAGUUUAGUUUUCUUUGCCUGUCUGAGUAUUUUGUCUGAAGAUCUAUUUCCAUGUAUUCUUGUUUGAUUUCUAUUGGUAGAUCUUAUUAGAGUCAUCCAAAUUUCCUGACAUUAGACAAUCAGUAUAAAUUAUAAAAUUGCUGUGAAUCCUAGAGAGGUGUGGAAGGUGGCUCCAUUUUAUAAGAAAAAGGUAUGAAGUGCAGAAGAAACAGUUAAAUAAAGAACCAAAACUACAAAAUUAGAAAAUGGCCAAGAGGGGAAACGACCAGUUCGUUUAUUGGCCCCUAGUUUUAAAUAGAAAUAUAAUAAAAUAUUUUUUCAGGAAAUAAUAAACAGUCUAAUGCAAGAAUACGUGUGAGGCAUUCUUUUUAUAAUUCAGAGAUCCUGCUAAAAAUGUAAAAUGAUUUUGAGGUGCGUGGUUAUGAAAUGUCCUGUUUGUUUGCAGGAAAACGAAGGGGGGAGAUGCGGAAAUGGAUACCAAAUUGUUACGAAUUAGAUAUUUACGUGGUGCCUACAGGAAAUUACUCUAGUUGGUUGCCAAGAUGAAUACGAGUUCACGCAUUGUUGCUAGAAACGACUAAAUUUCGUAACCGAAAAGUCAGAUUCUUCACGACCCAAGACAUAAAGACACAGAGUGGUUAAAGAGUGAAAUGAGCAGCACCCCCAAUAGAAAACAAAUAGUUAAAGUUUUCAUAUAAGGUUGUCUGCCACAAUGUUGAGCCGUCUGUUCAGCGAGGUGCUGCCGGACGUCCAGCGGUUGGCGGCGGACUGGGUGCAGGACACCGACAGCGACGGAUGCAAGGUGAAGGAGGAACGCGAGCCGUGCCACCUCGGAGAGGACGAUUUGGACGAGCCGCGGGAGGGCAGCAGCCGGGCAGAGUCCGAGAUGGCCGAGGACGACGACGAUGAGGACGACGAUGGCGAGGAAGAAGAGUGCGGGGACGAAAACGGCGGGGAUAAACCGAAGAAGCGCGGCCCGAAGAAGCGCAAGAUGACGGCGGCGCGCAUGGAGCGCUCCAAGUUGCGGCGCGUGAAGGCCAACGCGCGGGAGCGCACGCGCAUGCACGAUCUGAACUCGGCGCUGGACAACUUGCGCAAAGUGGUUCCGUGCUACUCCAAAACCCAGAAACUCUCCAAAAUAGAGACUUUGAGGUUGGCCAAGAAUUAUAUUCUAGCCCUCGGGGAGAUUUUACGCAACGGGAAACGUCCAGAUGUGGUGACCUACGUGCAGAUGUUGUGCAAGGGCCUGUCCCAGCCUACUACCAACCUGGUGGCGGGCUGCCUGCAGCUCAACACCAGGAACUUCCUGACCGAGCAGUGCGCGGACGGAGCCCGCUUCCACAUGCCCAGUUCUCCGUUCUCAGUCCACCCCUACCCCUACCGCUGCUCCCGCCUCUCUAGCCCUCACUACCAGCCCGGAGCCGGAGCUCUCAAUAUGCGGGCCCCUUCCUACAGCGGCUCCGGGUAUGAGGCCGUGUACAUGCCGGGCGGGACGUCCCCAGACUACAACAGCCCGGAGUAUGAGGGCCAGCACAGCCCGCCGGUGUGCCUGAACGGCGGCCUGUCCGGGAAGCAGCAGGAGUCCUCAGACACAGACAGGAGCUAUCAUUACUCUAUGCAUUACUCCGGACUGACCACAUCCCGGCCUAAUCACGGCCUACAUUUUGGACCAUCGGGAGCGCGCAGCGGAGGCGCGCAUUCAGAAAACAUCCCACCUUUCCACGACGUCCACCUGCACCACGACAGGGCGCCGCCAUAUGAAGACCUGAACGCUUUUUUCCACAACUGAGCAGCUCAGAAAAGGAGGGGAGCAAACUACAGGCUCACCGACUCCACAGAGACAAUCCUAAAGAAAGCGUUUAUUAUUUAAAAAAAAAAAAAAAAAAAAAAACAGCAGUCGGAGCUCCUACAUGAUUACCUUCUGUGUGCCACCUCUAUACUGUUGUACAUCCUAUCACAAAAUGUGUCCAGUAAAUUAUUCCUGUAUGCAGAAUGAGUGCAAUUUAAAAUGUGAAAGUCAAGAAGAGACAUGUUGUGACAAAAACAACAGAAAUAAUAAAAAGAAAAGGUGUUUUAUAAUUGUCUGAGUGGAGCGAUCUUAUUUUGCUGUGAACAAUAAUAAAUACAUAAAUAAAUACAUUGUGGCUUAUUCGAGUACAUUAACAUUUUAAGAAGUAUCCGGAGGAAAUGUUAGAUUAAAAAAAACCCAUGUUUGUCAUUAUUAAUUUAUAUCAAACAUAAAGAGUCCAGUUAAAAGAUAAAGAUUGGGGUUAUGUCCACAAAUGAUCUUUUUAGGAAGUAUGCAGGAGAUUUUAUUUUUAUGUUUGAUCAAAUAACAUCUCUGAAAAUAUGCUUCAUCAGGUACAAAAUUUAAGAAGGUUAUAGAGCAUUUAAAUUCGCUAUUAAAUUGAUUUUGGACAGAAAUAUCUGUCUUGACUCGUUGCUUAAAAAAUAUGUAGUUUCAGAAAUUACGGAAUGAUUGCGAAUCAAGGCGACCAUCAUUUGAUAAAAUGUAAUCAGAUCUUUUACGUGCAAUGCGCACAAGCCGGCAACAAAUAAGCUGGAGUCCGACGCUAAUUAGCAGAAGCGCAUUUUACCGACGUACAAACGCAAAAGCUCAUGAAGGUGAUUAGUUUCACAAGCAGAAGUCAAAGGAAAUUAAUUGUAUUCUGCAAAGUGCACCCACAGUUUAACAUUUCAAACCUGUUGCUUAAAGGGAAACGUGUAAAAUGCCCCCGGAAAGAUCCGAAGAAGAUGAAAAAUGUUCCAAUUUAUCCAAAACACAAAACAUAUGUGAGAUAUGUGAACCUGACCUAACGCAUCUAAAAUGCGCAGAAAUCCUACGAAAUCUGUCAGGAGUGCAACUAUUAGGAAGGAGCCUCUAUUAAAAUGAGGAAAAACAUGAGCAAAUACUGCAAAGUACAUUUUUGGUGCAGA